UUCUAUUUUGCUAUAAUUAUUUUUGCUCUGAUGACAAAAUCUUUUAGUAGAAUGUCUUUUAUGUUUGUCUCAGAAGCGAAAACAAAUUUGUUGGAAGUGACAAAAAUUUUAGUACACAAAGAUUAGCUUAGACAACAAGUUAUCUUAGUAGUAAUUACAAAUGAAAAUUUCGCUGUCUCAGCUGUUCCUCGCGUAGCAAUCUGUUUUGCACCCACAUGCAAAUGGUUUGCUGAGCCGACAAAGUAUGUUUAGCUAUAGUUACAUACGUAGGUGUGAGUCACAACUGACAACGGUCAGCAGAAAAAUAAAACCAAUUUCCGUAGCCCACUGCUCAAGUAAAAGCGAAGAAGUAAGGAUCGGUUUCAUUUCAUUUUAAUUAUUUAAUUUACGCGUGUGUUACCUUUACCUACCUUAAGUAAAUUACCUAGCUGAAAUGGAAUCAGAAUUGCAGUGUGUGAGUGUUUCUGGUGACCCAACCGACAUUGACGGUUUACUGAAAUGUUGGGGUCUUGAAAUCUUGAGUGGCGUCUUCAAAGAGCAUCAGAUAGAUCUUGACUCACUACAAAUACUCGACCAGGAAUCCAUUAGGGAGCUAAUUCCCCAAAUAGGUCUUAGACUAAAGCUAUGGAACAAACUCGAAGCUUUUCGAAAACCCCUGAUUGUGCUUAAAGGAAUUGAAAAUGCUGAUGUUUGUGCAUCCGGUUCAUCGUAUAGUUCUUCGCCAUCACCAACCAGCUCAUUUAAUUCCCUAAGUGAUGUUAGUGUAGACUCCUCCUUUGAUCUUGGGCAAAUUGAAGACCAAAUUGUAGAAGAAGUAGUGGUUAGUGCCGGUACUACAUCGAACCCGAAACCUUCAUGUUCUUUCGAGCAAUUCGAGCCAUCUGCUAAGAAAGUUUGCCUUGUGGAUUCUAUUACAGACCUCCAAGAGGUUUUGGAAAAUUCACCUAAAGGCAAAUACGUAUUGGCGUUUUAUAAAAAAAAUGGGGUCUUAAAUAGAGAAACUCGACAGAAAUUAGUAGAUGUGAUAAUCGAACACGAGCUGAAGGCUGAUCUUACUAAGAGUAUACCGACAGCUCGGCUUGACAGUUUGGCGGUCGUUGUCCAGCGUAUGUUCCCAACAGAAAAUAAAGAUUGUUAUUUUGCCAUAGUAAACGAACAGGGCAAGAAAUCAGGGAGAGGUAAAUUAUUUACCAAAUAUUAUAAUUUGAGAAGACGAUUUACUAGUAUUGGGUUGAUUAAUAAAAAGGCUAAAAGUACAGCUACAGUUCCUGAUUCAAAUAAAGAGAUUGGUGAAGAGAAUAGUGAAAUUAUCAAGUGGCUGGAGAACAACGUAUCUCCAUGGACGUCUGUCAUUAACCAUUGGACUGAGACCUUUCAUACAAGAAGGAAUUUAUUGACAGAAAUUGAUAUCUGUACAUACCUGAAAAAAUUUCCAGCUUUACUUAAUGUCGAUGGAUUUGAAUUGCUUGAAAAUGACUUUAGUAGACUGCAUCCAGGAACGGAACUGAAGUUGUACUCCGAAUUAGAAUCUGUAACACGUGCACUUGUAGAACAUUUGAAAGAUACAAAAGACAAGAAGAUAAGAAGUUACCUGGAUGAGUUGAAAAACCAAGAAAACUCAGAUAAAAGGUCACGGACCUUGUUCUGCAUUCUCCCUUACGUCAUACCAACUACUACAAUAAGAACCAAGCAGGGCCAGUGGCGUCCUUCUAGAUUGGAAGUUAAAGAAUCAUUUGUAUUACAUGUAACGGACAUCGGUAAAUUGCAACAUGUGGUAGAAGCUCGCCAGGACAGAUUGUCUAAGUGGAAAGAAACUCUUCAACCUUUCAUUGUCAUUGUAGGAACAGAAAUCGAAGACCCUCUCGACAUAUACGUAAGAGUUGAGACCCAGCUGUAUAAAGUUUGCAGUUUUUUGAAAGCAGUGGACAUUUGCUUCAAAGUGUUUUUCGCUCUCAAUGCAAGGUACCCAAUAGAGUGCAAUCAGGUGUGGCUCUUUAUUCAGUAUAUGUUUUAUGAAAUCGAAUGCCCAAGCGAUAAGAAAUCUGUUGGUUUAAGCACAUUGAUAAAUGAUUUAAGGAAUUUAAGGGCUAAGUUAAAGUUAAAACCAACAUAGUUCUUACGUUAGAGUUAGA